UCAUUCUCUGCCCGUGGCAGCUAAGCUAGACUCACUGGUGGACGGAGACCAGAAGCGUGUUCUUGACAUCUCUUUCAGCCUGACUUCCGUGCCUGACUUGCAAGGGCCGCUACGCAUCAUUGAUUCUAUCCAGCUGCUGGUGAUUGACAAAGACAGGAAUGCUGAGUGUUUGUCUAUCAACGACCCUCACAUGACAACAUAUGAUGGCAGGUACUUUAACUGCUUUGGGCAGGGAGAGUUUGUACUGUCCAAACACGACACCUAUCCCGUUGAGAUUCGUGCUCUGUUCCGGAAAUGCAACAAUGGCGUUGCGUCUUGCAACACAGCCGUGCUGGUCCGUGAACACGACAACGUGCUGGUGAUUGACAGGGGCGGAGCGAAACCUGUAACCACUGGAAACGUCCCUCUCUCAGUGCGACUGUAUCUGUCUGGACAGUCCAGCCCGAAUCUGAUAGUGAGAAGAAUAGCCGGUGGCCUCAAAUACCAGGUGACUUUGCCAACCGGAACCAUUCUGAAAGCGGAAGUGAACGGACAGUUUUUGAAUGUACACAUUAUUCCUUCAGCCGCUGACUUCAAUCGAACCAGAGGUCUUUGUGGAGUGUACGAUGGUGACGCCAAUAACGACCUUUUGCAGAGCAACGGAGAGUUGUAUCGUGGGACUGAACUGCGCCCAGAUCGUUUCUCUCUUUCCUGGAGGGUGGCGCGAAAUGCAAGUUUGUAUGGAGGCGUGUGUGGACAGCCAGGCACAGCAGCACAACCGAAUACUUUCUGUGACUGCCUGGCGACAGGAAACGGCGGAUGUGACUACGGACUCGACCUGACACCCUGCAUGACACCAUCGAGUAAACUAACCUACUGGCAAGGUGAAGAUAUAACCGAGGAGCUGGUUAAGAGGGCUGACGUUUCACCCAGAUGUUAUUCAUCGACCUACAUUCCUUUUGAGUACGACGAAAACUACAUUGCACAGGACUUUGGAUGGCCAACACCAAAGAAUCGAAGUGAAAAUGAUGUAGAUAAAUACUGUACGGACUUUCUGAACUCUGACCCCGACACAGCUGCAUGCAGCAAGUUCUUGCAACCUGCAUUGACCAAUGCCAUCACUUCGUGUAAACUUGAUAUUCAGAUGACGGACGACCUCAGCUGGGCAAAGACGGCACUCGCAAAUUUUAAAGAGCAGUGUGUUGGAAGAUUACUCAGGGACACUUCUUUAUACAUCAACACCACUUACGGUCUCUCGCCAAAUUCUAGUUUUCUUGACAACAUCUGCUUUUCAAACUGUUCAGGACACGGAUCUUGCAGUAAAGGAGAAUGCAAGUGUGAACCUGGAUACGGUUUAGCGGACUGCUCUGUGCGACUACCUGAUCCCCCGGUCCUGUACCAACUGGCCAACAGUGGUCUUUGUGACGUAAACAAGUCAUAUUGUGACAUUGUCGCUACUAUAGGAGCUAUCUUUGUCGAUUCGAGCGACCUCACGUGCAUCCUGCAGCCUGUGCAGAUUACAGACAACGGGCAGUUCAGACAAGAAGGAGCAAUUAGCAAAACGAAGCCAGACUACUUUUCUUUCAACGAAAUCAAUUGUAAAUUACCCAGUGUAGGCAGUUACUUGAUCUCAGUGUCCAACAACGGUGUCAACACCAGCCAAUCUCUUCUCUACACUGUCUACAACUCAAAGUGCCAGACCUGCUCUUCAACGGGCAUCUGUACUUUCACGUUUGACACCUGCUUCAUCGCUAACGAGUGCUAUGAAUAUGGAGAAACUCACAACGGAAGUCUUGUGUGCGAUCCCUACGAGAACUAUUAUCAGUGGAGCUUAUUGAAAGCAUACCCAUACUUGAAAGGCAAGCCAACACUGUCAACAAGGUACAACCAAACGUCUACCGACUUCUUCUUCACAUGCAGCUACAAUGUCACAGAGCGUGAAGAUGUUCAGUACACCAUUCACUGGCUCCAUGGCAACGAUACCGUGUCCCAAGUCAAUGUAACAGGAAACUGGUUCCGAGGAACUCAAUGUUCUAGACAUUGAGGAGUUUUCUUAUGGAUCAAAGGUUUCCUGUGCUCUUACGGCAUGCUAUAACAAUAACUGCACCUUUACGAGAAGUCCCUUCAAAACGAGCAAUAUCUUUACUGCACAGCUUCAGAUCGUCACAAAGAAACUUCAGGUGAGAGAAGGAGGAGACGUCGGCUACGUGGAGGUCACGAUUACAGCGCCGCCACAAUUUAUGUGUUUUCACAACGACAGCGACUGCAUAGUGAGCUUGGCAACCUACGUCAGGCCGUCCAUAGACGACAUUGUUUGCCCUUCCACCCGUGCUAGACUAUCGCAGGUGGCCUUAGCUCCGUACCAGGCAGAUGAGGAAUGCGAGCAGGAGUUCAAGGCCAUCACUUGGCCCAAGGGAGUGCUGGUUCCAGUAGUCGCCACAUGGGACGCUCUGGUGGACGGAAGUGCAGUGCGGGAGGUGGAACUGUCGGUUGUGGUCAGCAGGAAUUCGACCGUGCAGUUCACGGAGGUCGUCGGCACUAGUGAGGUCACCGCCAUCGACCAGGACACGGAGGCUCUUUGCAGCUCUGUCAAUGAUCCUCACAUGUCAACUUAUGACAGAAAACGAUAUAACAACUUCUUUCAAGGGGAAUUCGUACUCCACCGAUCACGGAAAUUUCCCACAGCUGUGCACACCUUUUACCGAACUUGCAACGGACGGGCUUCCUGCAACUGUGCUGCGGCCAUUCGGUCUGGGAAAGCGUGAUAGUCAUUGACCAGUGCGGCCCGACACAGGGUGGCACUCCCUCUCUGGACAUCAAUGUGUACACAGAAGGCGAUUUACCCGAAGGCACUCUGAUCUACCGCUUCCUUGACGGCAAGAGAUACGAGGUGGUUCUGCCACAAGGCACAGUUGUCAAGGUUCUCGUUACGGGAUCUUUUCUCAACGUCUGGGUGCAAGCUUCUUCGUCUGAAUUCAACAACACAGAAGGUCUGUGCGGUCGGUGGGAUGGAGAACCAGAAAAUGAUCUGAAUGGUGUCAGCGCAAAUGAUUUCUCCUUGUCAUGGAGAGUGCCAGCAAACGAAAGUUUGUACCGUGGUGUGUGCGACUCCCAGGCUGCGCAGUGGUCUCAGCUGCCGGUGUUUUGCGGAUGCCGAGCCGACAACAAAACUGAUUGCGGAAGCGCAGUCGCGGUGUCACGAUGUCUGCCAUCGUCAGCAGCCGGCCGAUACACCAGUGGCGAGGAUGUAACAGACUUUUACGUCGCCAAUGCUGUUAAACCAGACUGUGCAAAGAGCGUCGCUUUUGAAUUCAACAUGAGCUAUGUGCCAGAGGCGUACAAGUGGCCCACACCAAACGGAUGGACUGAGAUAGCUGCCAAAGAGUUCUGCAUUGGCUUCAUUGUCAAUACAACCAUCGGGGCACGAUGUCGUAGUCGGCUAGAUCUAGAAUUCCAGGCUGCAGUUGAUUCUUG